GGCCGGGGCGGGCCGGGUGUCGCUGGUGCCGCGCGCGGCGGCGUCCCUGGUUACCGGCCGAGCGGCCGAGCGGGCCGGGCAUGGGGCCGCCGCGCUGCAUCUGCGAGAUCUGCUCCUGCGGACGCCACCGCUGCUGCCACAGACCCACAAAGAUUUAUGAUGAUGGAGUGAAGCCGAGCCACAAAACUGAGUAUUUGGAGAACUAUCCUGGCUAUGGCAACAUCUGCCCUCCUGAGAGCUUUAAGCCAAAACCAGAGCUCCAAGAAGAUGGGCCGAGAAUGGACGGCACCACAACAUUCAAGUCUGAUUAUGUACCGUAUGAAAUUGUUACGAGACCUUUUCGGCCACAAGCAGAAUAUAGACCAAAGUCAGGCAAGAUUGACCUGGGAACCAUUUACCAGAGAGAUUACAAUCCUCAUAAAGUAGGACCAGUGAUAUUAGCAAGGCCUCGAGAGAGGAAACACACUUCAGAUGCCAAAGUGGAUACUGUCCCAACCUACCGAGAUCACUAUAGGUUAUGGAAAAGUCAAAGAACGGAAUCCUGUAAGGUGGAGCAUGACUACGAGCCACCUUCAGAGAGGUUUGGAAAUCCUUCCACGUUUCAAGAUGACUACAUCCCCAAGCAGCCCAAUCCCCCCCUAAGCUGCAAACCCUGUGACAGCAAGCUGCCAGAGGGGCCCUUUGAUGGCAACACCAUCCAUCGCAUGGCGUACGUCGUCCAUGAGAUGAAGCCCUUGUUCGUGAGGCCAAGGGAAGAGUACAAGCCAAGCGACCAGCCCUUUGAAGAUCUCACAACCCACCAGAGUGAUUUUAAAGGGAUGCCUGGGGAACAAGCAAAAAGCUGCAAGCCUGAAAGUAAGAAACAUGGAUCUGAUGAUCCUUUUAAAGGAAUCACCGAAUUCCAGGAUCGCUAUCAGCCGUAUUUGGUCACCGCGCCCGAGUUGCACAAACCAAGCGAGUACGUUCCACCCACAGACAAGAUGGACCUCAAGUCCUCAAACCGUCUGGAUUACAUUAAACACAAGGUUGCUCCUAGAGCCGCCAUAAAACCAGCUCCUGGAAGAAAAAGCACUGGCCCUUUUCAAGGGAAGACUACUACAAAAGAAGACUAUCAACCCUGGAAAGUUUGUCCACAAGGGCUUAUUAAGAAAGAAGAAGAAAUUCAAAAGCCCACAGGAAAAUUUGCUAGUUUAACUACAUUCAGGUCCCAUUACAUACCACAUCAGGCCAAUCCACCUCAGAGUUUCAAACCCGUACCCACUGUACCUACCGGAGUUCCUUUUAAAGAUGAAACUUUGUAUCGCACUGAAUACACACCAAAGAAGCCAGAGGUCUGCCCUGGAGUUAAUCCAGAUGCUCUGGGCUAUGUCUAUGUAAACACAGAUUCUCAGGGUCACAGAUUCUACCGCCAGGUGUCCCCAGAACGAUCCGGGUCAGACUGCAGUCCUGUUCCAGAGGAAGUACCUGCUGUGUCAUAAUGCUUACAUGCAAUAUUUCAAGCACCUUAGUUAAAUAACUGGAAACCAACUUGUUCAUUUUCUCUUUAAAUAACACUGGAAGCAAGCUGAAUACUGCAAAUUUUGCUUUUAGAAGUUUGAAGAAAACCAAAGCCAAACCAAAGUUUAUUACAAGACUAAUAAAGAUUUGCCAAAUGCUGAAGAAGCACUACUCCCUACAUGGCAUCUGUGCUUUUUCUGAUUGUGCAUUCUAUUUUCCUUGACUCCCCAGAUUUCAUCAUGCUCCAUCUGAAGCAGCUUUAUAACAUAUUUAGUUAUUUGAUAUUUUCUACAAUCAAAUUAUUGUAUUUGUGAAAUAACAAGUGUCUUUUGCUGAUAAAAUAUUUUACACAGUAAGAAAAUAAUGCUAUUUACAAUAAUCUAAGAAAUCAGUCAUAAUCUCAGUAAUCUGUAAGAUUUUUUUCCUUUGUAUUUUACUGCCCAGAUCACAAGAUAGCAUGCCAUGACACCUAGGCAUUUCUAAAAUCCUGGUUUUAGCUGUAGUCAUCACUACUUUAACUUCUUCAGAUCUGAAGUGAGUACAAAGGUCCCACUGUAAUUUCUGGUAGCAAUUAACAGGUGGUAACCUCACUCUUUUUCUGUUCAUGUAGUUGAAAACACUCAACCACCAAAAGUAGACUCUGUUCCCUAAUUUCCCUGAUCAUGCACUUUCAGCCUUACUUCCAAGGGAAACAAAACUGAUGCACCUUGGACACACUGGCAGACUGAGUGCAUGUCUGAAUCAUCUUUAAACCCAGUGGGCAAAUACAAUCAAAUCUCAUUAUGAGACUGUAUAGAUUUACAGAAAAUAGAGUAAACUCAGGUAAAAAUAAAUACCAGCUGAGAUGCAGCAAUCUGUAGGCAGCCUGGCUUCAGUCUGUCUGCUUUUCAAAGAAUUGCUUGUUCCAAAUACACAGACACCAGUUUUUUACAGAAAUUUUAUAUGAAAUUGCUUCUGUAUGAAACAUUCAAUAUUUUAUCUAUAGAUCUUUAGCUGUUUUUGAAAAAUCCAGAUGAAUCAAUUUUAGUUUUAUUACAUUCAUGAUUUAAGCAAGUCGCAAUUAAUAGUUCUGUAAUUAACUGUAUUGCCGUGCUCUACCACACUAUUCCAGUAUGAUUUUUUCCUCAGUAUUGCAUAUCUUGUACCCAUUGGUGUAGAACAGUAUUUGGGUUCUGCAGAAUCAUGUGGCUGUACUUCAUAAACAAAGUCUCUUAUUAAAGGGCUAAGAUCAACAAUGGGAACAUUUUUAAAGCAGGAAAUUGGUCAUAUAAAAGCAAGAAAGCUGAACUGAGCAAAUCAGCUCUGUACAAAAGCAUUGCAUGGGAGGCAUCCAGACAUUAUUAGAGCAUCAGUCACUUUAACAGAACUUUUGUCUUUGUACUGUGAUUUUGUAGUAUCACUUACUUUGUUAAUGACAUGGCAUAUCAGUUUUACUUUUCUGUUUGAAAAUUAUUCACCUCCCUUCAAAUGUGAAUAAACAAGGACGAUGUAAAUCUGCAAGAUCCUAAAAGCAGGACAGGAAGAAGUCUAAUUGAUUGUCAUCUUUCUGUACCACAAAAGAAGAAAUACACUCUAUUGAGUCAUUCUCUGUCAUGCCACAACUGAGGAAACAAAGCCAAAACUUUGCACAGUCACACCUGCUCAGGUCCACAUGCUAUACACAGUCCUGGUACCUCUGGAGGUCCCAAUGUCCUCCAGCUCUCCUCUCUAGGGAGGGAGAAAUGCAGUCUGAAUCCAUGAAGUUACACGUGCCUGCAUAUUCUGCUCAAAAUGGCUCCUCUGCUGGGCCUGUGAGGAAGCCCAGAUGCUUUUUAAAAUUUUCACAGCUGUUUUUUCAGUUCUGAAGUCACUUCCCUCCCUUAAGUUAUGGAAAGUCAUUUGCUGCCACCUACCAGCACGGUACAAACAUUUGAGAGCAAGGGAAGUGGAGGGCAUAUUCAGAUACAUUUAACAGUUCCUCUGCAGAUGUGUUUGAAGGCUUUUUCAGGGUGGAGGGGCAUAUUUCCUUUCAUUUUGUCCAUAAUGUUUUCCCCUAAGUUUAACAGUGAAAGAGAGAAGCCUUUAUUACUUCACAAUUGAAAAAGCCCCAACACACUGAUUGUGCUUCCAGGAAAAGCAUCAAAUGAUAUUAUAAACCUUCAGACACUAUUCAAUACCUGACGUCAACCUUUUCAUAAGCAACAAAUUACUGAAAUGCAGACCAAGUGAAGAGACGGCUGGAAAACUAAUAUUUUUCCAAAAUAACAGCUGUUAAAAAAGCAUUUUAUGAUGUCAUGUUAAACCAAGAUGUAAAAGCAGAAAGUUAUUAAUGGAUUCAGCUGCUAUUCUGAGAGUGCUUUCUGCGCACUCUGCCCUCCAGCAGCAGGCUCCACAGCACUGCUGUACAGAGCCUUUGCUUUUUUAAUAGAUGCACAAAUGGAAUUCAAAAGGAAAAUUAAGCAUUUGCCAAUAUUGUUAUCUAGGAUAACUCUGAAACACCACCAUUAAAUUGUUAUACAUUUUUUUUGUAUUUAAUAAAAAAAAAAUUAAGGCU